CCCACCUUAUGCAUGUGAACGAACAUGUUGGCUUCGAAAACGUUUGUGAAGAAGACGAAGAAAGGCGCCGUGGUGAAGGUGGUGCGGGAGCACUACCUGCGAGACGACGUGUGGUGUGGAGUGGCUCGCUGCAGGCUGUGCAAGCAGCAAGCCCCCGUCCUUGAUGCCUGUCCGACGGUGGCGUCCGAGCUUUGCAGCUAUCCUCACCUCCUCGUUCCUGACACGAACGUCGUGUUGCACCAAACGGACUUCCUGGAGGAUGCAUCCGUUACCAACGUCAUCAUUGUGCAGACGGUUUUGCAAGAAGUCAAGCAUCAGAAUGUGAGUGCUCACAAACGUCUGAGGGGCAUGAUCGCAGACUCUUCCAAAAAGUUCUUUGUCUUUUCAAAUGAGCAUCACCGAGAAACCUUUGUAGAGAUACGGGCAGGAGAGUCGGCCAAUGAUCGCAAUGACAGAGCCAUACGUACAGCCGUGCAGUGGUAUAACAGACACUUGCAGGAGGGUGGUGUGGACAGGGAAGGGAAAGAGGGCAGGGGAGAGCGGACUAAGGUCGUUCUGAUCACAAACGACAGCGAGAAUCGACAGAAGGCCAGGGACCUUGGCCUGCCUGCAUUCACUGCCCUCGAGUAUGUCCAGUCUCUGGUGAAUAGCCCGGGCCUAGUGGACCGUCUGGCUAAUCCUGGAGAGGCAGCAGAGAAUGGCCGCAAGAAGGGGAAAAUCCUGUUUCCAGAGCACCUGCCUCUCUCCGUGAUCCAGACCGGAAUAAAGAGUGGUAAAUACUUGCAGGGAACGUUUCAAGGCUCUCGGCAGAAUUACCUCGAGGGUCACGUGAAUGUAUCCUCGAUGGAGAAGUGGGUGUUUGUUCAAGGACUGCAGAACCUCAAUCGAGCCGUGCACGAAGACACGGUGGCAGUCGAGAUGCUGCCUGAGUCCGAGUGGUCCUGUCCAUCUGGCCUGGUGAUGAAGGACGCAGAGGACCAAGUUGAGAAGGGAGAGAAAGAGGUGGAGGAUGAAGAGGGUGGGAGUGAAGGGAAGACCACUCACAAGACAGUGGAUCCGUCUCUGCUUCAGCCAACGGGAAAGGUGGUGGGCAUUAUUAGGAGAAACUGGCGGCCGUACUGCGGAACUCUCCUCCCUCUCACGAGCAUGAAGGGGAUCCGACACACGUUUGUUCCCACUGAACGUCGCAUACCCCGAGUCCGUCUAGAGACGAGACAGGCCCCCAGUCUCCUCGGGAAGAGAAUAGUAGUCAGCAUCGAUACGUGGCCGAGGGCUUCCCGGUUCCCCUGUGGACACUUUGUGAGGGAGCUCGGGGAGAUCGGGGACAAGGCCACGGAGAACGAAGUCCUUCUCCUGGAGCACGAGGUCCCUCACCAGUCCUUCUCGCAGGACGUGAUGGCCGACCUUCCCCGCCUCCCAUGGAGCAUCACAGACGACGACCUGAAACAGCGCCGGGACCUGCGACAUCUGGAUGUGUGCAGCGUGGAUCCACCCGGGUGUACCGACAUCGACGAUGCCCUCCACUGCCGGGAGAAAGAGGAUGGGACUCUGGAGGUCGGGGUUCACAUAGCCGAUGUGUCUCACUUCAUUCGGCCGGGGAUGGCACUCGAUCGAGAGGCGAGCGACCGAGGGACGACGGUGUACCUGGCAGACACGAGGAUCGACAUGGUCCCCGAGCUCCUCAGCUCAAACCUCUGCUCUCUGCGAGGUGGUGAGGAGAGGUUUGCCUUCUCCGUCCUCUGGGAGAUGGCUCCGGAUGCCUCCAUCUUAUCCACUCAGUUUACAAAGAGUGUCAUCCGCUCUCGAGCUGCCCUCACCUAUGCCGAAGCCCAGAUGAGGAUAGACGACCCGACACGGAGUGACCUCGUCACGGUGAGUCUGCGUCAACUAAACCGGCUGGCCAAGAUCCUCAAACAGGGCCGCGUUGGGAAGGGAGCCCUCACGCUUGCCUCGCCAGAGGUCCGUUUCGAAGUGGACAGCGAGACCCACGACCCCGUUGACCUCCAGACGAAGGAACUGAGGGAGACAAACUCACUGGUGGAGGAGUUCAUGUUGCUGGCAAACAUAUCUGUGGCUCAGCACAUUCACCAGCAUUUCCCACACUGUGCUCUUCUCCGCAGGCACCCUGAACCUCCUCUCUCCAACUACGACAUCCUCGUCAAGGCCGGGAAAGCCAGGGACAUCCCCAUCCACGUCGAGAGUGCAAAAGCGCUGGCUAACUCCCUUGAAGAGGCAAAUUUACCCGACCACCCAUACUUUAACACCAUGCUCAGGAUCAUGGCCACGCGCUGUAUGAUGCAGGCUGUCUACUUCUGCUCAGGCACACUCCCUCCCGAAGAAUACCACCACUACGGUCUUGCCAUGCCAAUCUACACCCAUUUCACCUCCCCGAUCCGUCGCUACUCUGACCUGAUUGUCCACCGACUUCUUGCCGUGGCCGUUAAAGCCGACCAGACGUACCCCGACCUCCUGGAAAAGCACAAGACCCAGAAACUGUCCAACCACCUCAAUCACCGCCACAAGAUGGCGCAGUACGCCGCCAGAGCCUCGAUCCGCCUGCACACCGAGAUUUUCUUCCGGGAAAAGAGUCUGGUAGAGGAGGGGUUCGUUCUGUUUGUCCACCGCAACGCUCUGCAAGUCCUCAUUCCCAAGUAUGGCGUUGAGGGGAUGGUCUUUUUCGAUGGGGAGUCAGCGAGUGAGACUGGAUCGAAACUCUCCCUCACUCACGACAAUGAGAAGCCGACUCUAGCGGUGGAGGGUGUGGUGUUCCGUCUGUUUGACCGGGUGACUGUUAGACUCGAGGUGGAGAGGUCCAGCAUCCAGCAGUCCAAACUGAAACUGUAUCUCGUUAGUCCAGUGAUUCCAGGAUUACACCCAGAGGAAGAAGAGAUUGAACCACCACCUUCCAAACAACUCAAACUUAUGUGAAACAUAAUAAUU